UUACACAUAUCAUUAAAAUAUUUAUUAAAAUAUUUUAUUAAUUACAGUCGACAAGAAACUCACAUUACAGAUUUUAUAAAGUUAUGUCACCAUCUCCUGGUGAGAAAGAGUUAUAGCAUGAAUUAUUCGUUUUUCUAUUCAUAGCAAAAACCGACAAGAAUGUAUACCUGCGAUCUGCUUUAUAUAAAUGUACAGUAUACCACACCCUCCUAAAGCAGCUCCAUCGUCACAGAUGUCUCAUGUGUAUAAACCACGCUUACACUCAGGUAUGUUGGCGGCUAGGCCAUCAGGAUGGACGGGAUUCCUUAAGGGCUUUUACUGUAGUCUCGCCCUUUACCUCUUUUUUGGCUUUGUUUUUUUUUUUUUUUUUUUGUGCUUUUGGUUUUGUUCUUUUUUGUGCUUGCAGUUUCGAUGUCUAUCAGGCAACUUCAGACAAGACACGGACACAGUUUGUGAUCAGCGAUGAACUGGUCAGGACUGGAGACCCUUCUUAACGGGGUCAAUAAAUAUUCUACAGUGUUUGGUCGAGUCUGGCUGUCCGUGGUGUUUGUGUUUCGUGUUCUGGUGUUUGUGGUGGCGGCUCAGCGCGUUUGGGGCGACGAGAGCAAAGACUUUGUGUGCAACACCAAGCAGCCUGGCUGCAGCAACGUCUGCUAUGACAGCACGUUCCCCAUCUCUCACAUCCGUCUGUGGGCCUUGCAGCUCAUCUUUGUCACAUGUCCAUCACUCUUGGUCAUAGCCCACGUCAGUUACAGAGAGGAAAAAGACAAGAAGUACACGGCCCUCCAUGAGGGCACCCAUUUAUACGCCAACCCUGGGAAAAAGCGUGGGGGUCUUUGGUGGACCUACCUGUUAAGCUUGAUCUUUAAAGCCACAGCUGAUGCUGCCUUUCUCUAUAUUCUUCAUCACAUGUAUAAAGGCUAUGAUCUUCCUCGCCUCACCAAGUGCUCACUUGAUCCUUGUCCGAAUACGGUGGAUUGUUUCAUCUCCCGUCCCACAGAGAAAAAAAUCUUCACUCUCUUCAUGGUGGCCUCCUCUGCUCUCUGCAUCUUCAUGUGUAUCUGCGAAAUGAUUUAUCUCAUUGGAAAGCGUAUAUUUAAAUACUGUAUUAUGCAAGAAGCACCACCGCAACGAUCUAAAAGAAGAGACCCGACUCUUUCCAGCAGCCAAAACUUGAGUUCACAAAAAUUAAAAGACACCUCAAUGGACAUAACUGCUAUUUAAUGACAGGGUGUCGCCAAACCUUUACAGCCUCAGUGAGUUCGGGAUACGGGAUAAAAAAAAAAAAUCAAAAAUUGUAGUAAACAAAUGCAAAUGCAAAUAAAUAAAUACAAAUAAAUUAGUAGAUCUAAGAAUGAUAAUUAGUUAGUACAGACCUCAUGUUGCUUUUAAACACAGUAAUAAAUAAAUAUUUUUAUAUGAAAGAUGUGAUAGGAUUUUCACUAUAUGUUUUUUUUUUUUUUUUUUUUUUUUUUUUUAGAAUAUGCACUUUAGAAUGAACUUUAAAAGUAUAAUGUAUUUCAAAAUAGGAAUAAAAAUCUGGGUGAAGUGAGCUGGGCUCUAAAUACUUUGCAAUCAAUGUUAGACGGCUUCAUGCAAAUGUGGUAUCGACCUCAAAAUUUACAUGUCUCCAACAGUACCAUGCAUUUUAAAGGGUUUUUCGUAUUCGUAUUAUUAUCUUUUUUGUAUUCAGUGUACAUGCAUAUCUAACAUAUCAAUUAAAAAUUCAUUUAGAUGCAGAUUUGCCUUGGUUUCAUUGGUUUUAUGGAAUCGACAGAGUAAAACGUUAGUAUUUUAAUAAAAGGAUCAGUCACCCAAAAAUUAGAAAUCUAUUAUUUACUUAUCGUAAUGUCUUUCACAGAUUUUAUGUCUUCAGUUUUAACACAAAAAGAAAUAUUUAUAGCAAAAUGUCCAAGCUGCUCUUAUGCAACCACUUUUAUAUUUUUUUGUAGUUUUUGACACCCCCACUUAUAUUGUAUGGAAAAAAGCAGCUCUGAUAUUUAGCUUAACUCCUCAUUUUAUGUUCCACUGAAUAAAGAAUGCAUACUUUGAAUAAAUGAUGGCCAAACUUAAUUGCUAGGUAACAAUUCCUUUAAAAUGACUAAAGUUAAAGCCAAAUAUGCUAUAUUAAAUCUCUUAACAGCGUUUCAAACUCUCAGUAUAAUUCCUCUGAUGCUCUCUGGAUUUUUUCAGUCCUUAUUUCUGUCAGCCUACACUGCUUUUGUACAUAGAAUGCAUGUAAAAAUAAAAUCUUUUAGCACA